UUGUGCUGAGCGCGUUUAAAGUUGUGAUUUUUUUGGGUAGAUUUAACGCGUCGUAUUGUAAUAAUAAUAAUUACCCAACGAAAUAGAAGACGAAUGUUUAUAGCGCGCCAGAAAGCACAACAACUAACAACACAAAUACUACAUCUGCGUGACGCCUUUCGUCGUGCAUUUGUCCUGGGCAUGGCUGCCAACUAUAAACUCAACGAGGUCGAUGGGGAUCUCUUCUCAGCCCCCAGGACGCACUCCCUAGCCCAUUGCGUUGGCGCUGAUCUUGGAAUGGGCGCUGGCAUUGCGGUCAAGUUCAAGGAGGUCUAUGGCAAGGUGGAUGAACUGCGUGCCCAGAAGGCAGGCAGCGGUGAAGUGGCUGUGCUGAAGGAUGAUCAACGCUAUGUAUACUAUCUGGUGACCAAGCCAAAGAGCUGGGACAAGCCCACCUACGAUUCUCUGCAGUCCUCGCUGGAGAAGAUGCGCGAGCACAUGCUGAAGAACGAGAUUGAUAAGCUGGCCAUACCACGUAUUGGCUGUGGCAUCGAUGGCUUGGAAUGGGAUAAGGUUAGCGCGUUGUUGGAGCAGGUCUUUGGCAAGGAGCAGGUGGAGAUUGUGGUCUACAACUACGUGCCACCGCAAUAAAAGCAGCUCAAGGAACUUAGAAAUACUUAAUAUUCAAUUGUGUGCCUGUUAGUUAUUGAGAUGUGCUUGGCACAUAAUUAUAGACAACCAGCUCUGUAGCAUCUGCCUGAAA